UUGAACCGUAUCGAUUCAGCGCGGCUGCAGUGUGUGUCUAUAUGCAUGUGUAUGCGUGUGUGAGUCAGUGUCAGUGAUUCAGCGUGCUACAGGGGCUCGGAUCCCAGCAUUUUACAGGAUCUGUGUGAAGGACAAGAGCGUGUGCGAUGUGUUUUAUAGGUAUCUGAUUGCAGCCGGAUUACACAGCCAAUAUGACGGUGGAUUUUGAGGAGUGUAUUAAAGACUCGCCCCGGUUCAGAGCAAACAUCGAUGAGGUGGAGACAGAUGUGGUCGACAUCGAGGUCAAACUCGACAAGCUGGUGAAGCUGUGCAGCGGAAUGAUCGAGGCCGGUAGGGCGUACACCAAUGCUAAUAAACUCCUUAUCAAUGGCAUUCGUGACCUGUCACACCACUGCAAGGAGGAAAUGAUCUCUGAGUUUCUGGAGAAAUGUGGAGAGAGCCUUCAUGAAAUCGUCAACUACCACAUGAUCCUCUUUGACCAGGCUCAGAGGUCCAUUAAGCAGCAGUUGCACACGUUUGUCAAGGAAGAUGUGCGCAAGUUUAAGGAGACAAAGAAGCAAUUUGACAAAGUGCGAGAGGACAUGGAGAUAGCACAGGUGAAAAACGCUCAGGCUCCCCGCAACAAGCCGCACGAGGUGGAAGAAGCCAGUGGCGCGCUUGUCGUGACCCGGAAAUGUUUCAGACACCUCGCCCUCGACUAUGUGCUACAGAUCAAUGUCUUACAGGCCAAAAAGAAGUUUGAAAUCCUAGACUCGAUGCUGUCCUUCAUGCAUGCACAGUACUCGCUGUUCCAGCAGGGAUACAACCUUCUGGAUGAACUCGACCCAUACAUGAAAAAGCUUGCUGCUGAGCUGGAUCAGCUGGUAAUCAACUCAGCCAUGGAAAAGAGAGUGAUGGAGCACCAGCAUGCCAUCAUCCAACAAAGGACUUUGAUGCAGGACUUCGUCUGUGAUGAUUCCAAGGUGGAAUUUAAUGUGGACGCCCCAAACGGGAUUGUGAUGGAGGGAUAUCUGUUUAAGCGCUCUACAAAUGCUUUCAAAACAUGGAAUAGGCGAUGGUUCUCAAUACAAAACAGCCAGCUGGUCUAUCAGAAGAGGCUUAAGGAUGCUCUUACGGUUGUCGUGGAAGACUUGAGACUUUGUUCGGUUAAACCUUGUGAGGACAUCGAAAGGCGGUUCUGCUUUGAAGUGGUGUCACCUACAAAAAGCUGCAUGUUGCAAGCCGAGUCUGAGAAGCUGCGUCAGGCCUGGAUUCAGGCUGUGCAGGCCAGCAUCGCCUCAGCCUACAGAGAGAUCACAGAUAACUACUAUAUAGAGCGUUUGGACAGGACGGCGUCUCCCUCCACCAGCAGCAUCGACUCGACCAGCGAGCCACGGGAGAGAAGUGUGAGAGGGGAGAAUGUCCUGCAUCGAGUACAGUCUCUCCCAGGAAAUGAGGUGUGCUGUGACUGCGGUCAGGCCGAGCCACGCUGGGCAAGCAUCAACCUGGGUAUCCUGUUGUGCAUUGAGUGCUCAGGCAUCCACAGGAGUUUGGGUGUACAUUGCUCCAAGGUGCGCUCUUUAACACUGGACUCCUGGGAACCAGAAUUAAUGAAGUUAAUGUGUGAGCUCGGUAACACGGUAAUUAAUCACGUCUAUGAGGGAGCCUGUGAAGAAAGAGGUCUGAAAAAACCUGGACCCAACAGCUCAAGGCAAGAGAAAGAAGCCUGGAUCAAAGCGAAGUAUGUGGAAAGGAAGUUUCUAAAGAAAAUGUGCGGGUUAGAGGCGCUGGUCGAAGGUGGCAGGAAGUCUCAUCACUGGCAUGUAAAAAAAUGCAGGAGGAACAACAGCGCCAUCGCACCGAAAGCACGACACAAAUACAGGCAUGACGGUGGAGGUGUGUCACCAGCUAACUUAUCUGCAGCUGCUGCAGCAGCCAAAUUUCGCAGAGAAUCACUUUUCUGUCCCGAUGAACUGGACUCACUUUUCUCCUACUUCGACACCGGCUCCGGGCCCCGCAGUCUCAGCAGUGACAGCGGCCUCGGUGGCAGCACAGACGGCAGCUCUGAUAUCCUGGUGUUCGGCUCGGUGGUGGACAGUGUCACAGAAGAGGAGUGUAAAGACUCAGAGGAAUCCAGUGGGGAGGUGGAGGUUGAGCCAGAGACAUCAGACUUGGAGGACGUGCGGGAGCUUCACCCCAGCGCGCUGCUCUACAAAGCCUCACAAGCCCGGAACCUGCCUGUCAUGGCCGAGGCGUUAGCACACGGGGCAGACGUCAACUCUAUUAAUGAAGAGGACGAGAGCAAAAGCCCUUUAAUACAGGCUGUCGUGGGGGGUUCUUUAGUAGCCUGUGAGUUCCUGUUGCAGAACGGAGCUGAUGUAAAUCAGAAAGACGCAAGAGGACGGGGCCCGCUUCACCAUGCCACAUCUUUGGGUCACACAGGGCAAGUGUGUCUCUUCCUGAAGCGAGGAGCGUCUCAGACGGAGGUGGAUGAAGACGGUCAGGACCCUUUGAGCAUCGCUGUGCAGGCAGCUAAUGCGGACAUUGUGACUCUGUUGCGGUUGGCUCGGAUGAACGAGGAAAUGCGCGAGGCGGACGGCCCCCUUGGACAGCCAGGUCAAUACCCCGGCAGCAGUCCUACUGAGCAGCAGUACAAGAAGUGCAUUCAGGAGUUUAUCUGCCUUACCAUAGACGAGUGCUAGGGGGAGCUCCUGAGCAGGGCUAGGGUUAACCGUCGGGCAGUAGCAAAAUUGUAUAAAUAAGUCUCGUUAAAGAACGCAUCGUCGGUCACAUUCCUGACACUUCUGUACUGCUAUAUGAUGUGUUUUAGAUCUUUAUGAUAUGUAUUGUCUAAAUCCAAAAGAUAGGAAAAAUUAUCCCAUUCCUACAUUAGAGAUAUUUUAUCACGAGAAUGGCUGGGGAACAUUCAACACUACAACGAAUGUCCUGGCUUACUGCCGAUCAGUCGCAGGUAGCUGAUGUGUCGAAUCAGAACAAAGACUUUCUGUGGUAUUAUUUUUGCCGUCAUGUACAAAUACGACUGUGUGCACUUUUCCAAGACAGUAUUUUUAGUAUUUGUAUGUUUUGGGCUUUUUUGUGUUGUUUAGUGUGUUUUUUUUAUUUAUGACGUCCCGUCUAGAGGACGAGUGCAAUGAAAACUGGAAUGCGGAAAAUCUGUACCCAUGUACUUUUUUUUAACACAAUUUCAGUUCCAAGCUUAAUGUAGUUCAGUUUUGAAACUAGCUCUCACACUCAGAAUCCUGAAUGGUUUUUAUUUGCAUUCCUUGCAUCCUACAACUACAGGCGUCUUCAAAUAAUGUUUUAGAAUAAUCCUAAUUAAGCUAAUUUAUUUAUAGAAGCUACAGUAAUAGUAUGUUUUGUAUAUUUGUACAAGUCCUCAAACUUGCAUUAUGUGAUUUCUUUUCCAAGAAUUGCUAAAUAAUUUGUUUCUGCAUGCAUAAACAUGCUCACGCUGCAUGAGUUCUAACGCUGGCCAUGCUCGUUUGUCUAGAAAUGCAUGCGUUUUUGAUGACGUCUGACACCGAUCAGUUUAAAACACAGUUGAAUGAGGUGUUCGCGUACGUCAGCAUGAACAGUUCAAACCUCUCAGCCCUUGACAUGAUGCAGUUUGAAGUUGAAAUAUAAUGUUAAGUCAUGAUGGACAGCUGUCACACAUCUAUAGACCAAUUGAUCACGCUUGAGACAUUUUUAACAGCAGAAGGCAAACUGAGACUGAUUUCCUGUUUAAGAGGAAAAGAAAUGCACUUUCUUUUAAGUAAAAAAAAAAAAGAAUAACUGGUGAACAUGUUCUGUCUUUGGCAAGUGUCUUUAAGGUGAACAUGUACAAUCUCCUCUGAAUAACUGUGGUGUAAAUACACAUUCUUUUUCCCUGCUUGCGCUCUGCAUUCUACUGUGGACUAAUUUUUGUCGUUCCCCUUCGCAUCAGUCUGUACAAUCUGUUUUACAGUCCUGUAUCUGGAGAUAUUAUUUUACGCAACUGAAAUCCUUAAAAAAAACACUGAAAAAAAAAGGGAAAAAAAGCUGAAUAAAUAAAAAUAUGAUGCUUUUUGACUCCUUGCUCUGUUCUGCACUUGGUCUUUAUUCCUGAUUUCAGUGCAUCUCUCUGUAGGAGAUUAAUAUUUUGUAAGAAAUUUUGAAUUGAGAUGGCAAUUGAAUUUGUACUGACAAGUUAUAACAAUUUAGUCACAAAUACAUUUUAAUACAUAUAUAAUAUAAUAUAAUAUAAUAAGUGACCAUGUACAGAGAUUUUUGAUGAACUCAAGUGCUACAGAGAGACGUACAGACUCUGUGUGUGGGUGUGUGUGUGUGUGUGAUGGAGAAGGGAUGUUUUCUGUGUUAAGCUGCUCUGUGGGUUAAUGCUCGAUAAUGCUCUCUGUGCAUUAGUGUAAUUGAGAUGCUGAGGGUAAAGGGGUGGCAUUUUGGUUGCAUCCAUUCACUCAGUAUAAAUCAUAAGAACAGAAAAGUCUAGUAUUUACAACCAUAAGUAUUUAUGUUUAUGUUUAUUGUUACUAAGUGGGUUAAAGGUUCGCUUCCUUCUUUCGCUCUUUACAUCCUUCAAAAUUAUCUUCAUGUUCUAUGAUGAUCCUGCAGUUUGAAGCACACAUGUAUAUAGCAAGCUAUCUUCAAUUGUUCUUUAUCUUAUGUGGACUUUGUUCU